CAAGUCCAUUUGACCGACUCGUCGCCGACUCCAUGAACGAGGCACGCGUGUACCUGGUCCUGGGCUACUACUUCGAGCACAUCGGCCUCAUGGCGAGCAUGGAGGCACGGGGGCUGCUCGACCGAGGUGACUAUUUCGUGGUCGGCGUCGAUGUUGAACAGUACGACAUCGAACAGCCCAGGAGGUACCUUACCGGUCUGCUCCGUGAGGACGUGGAGCCCGGCGUGGAACGCGCUUUCCGCUCCUACCUGGGCAUCGUGGGUUCCCCCGCCGUGGGCUACGAGGAGUUCUCGGUCAGCGUGAACGAGUACAUGCAGAGGCCGCCCUUCAACAUCGUCAACGCAGCGGACGCGUUCGGGGGCAUGAAGAAGAUUCCAUCUGAGGGCGCCUACCUGUACGACGCCGUCAUGGUGUACGCACGAGCCCUGAACGAGUGUCUGGCACUGGGGAGAGACUACCGCGAUGGACGCCAGAUGUUCCAGCUCAUGAAAGGCCGAAGUUACAAGAGUGCCAUGGGCUACAUGGUGCAGAUGGACGACAAGGGCGACGCGGAAGGAAACUACACCCUAAUCGCUCGCCGGGAGCUGGACGCCGUGCCCGGAGAGUACGGGCUCUUCCCCAUCGGCAUGUUUCAGCUCCCGCUCAACGGAUCCCAACUGCCGGUGCUGAAGCUGUUUUCGGAACUCGACUGGGUGGGCGGAGGCCCGCCCUUGGAUGAACCAGGCUGCGGAUUUCACGGCGAGAAGUGCGUCACCUGGAAGGUCGUUACAGGCGCUUCGGGUGGCAUCAUUCUGCUACUGCUCAUUGUGGGAUUUGUGGUGUACAGAUAUUGGGCUUACGAGCAAGAGCUGGACAGCCUCCUCUGGAAGGUGGACUUCCGCGAAAUCCAGAUCAACGAAUUCACGCCCUCCAACAAGGCACCCAAGGCAAGCAUCUCCAGCAGGCCUUGUUUACGGCCCUCCCAGGUGUCACUGUCGUCCCACCCAGAGGCAGACUUCCGCUAUUCUACUGUCUACACCCAGGUGGGGCUAUACCGUGGUCAGCUGGUCGCUGUCAAGCGCAUACGCAAGAGGUCCGUCGACAUCACUCGCCGGAUGAAAGAGCAGCUGAAAAUACUUCGGGACCUGCGCCACGACAACCUGGCCACUUUCAUCGGCGCCUGCGUGGACCCUCCGAACGUCUGCAUCAUCACCGAGUACUGCACUCGAGGGAGCCUCACAGACAUUCUAGAGAACGAAGACGUCAAGCUGGACGCCAUGUUCGUCGCUUCCCUCGUUGGCGACCUCGUCAGGGGCAUGGUCUUCCUGCACGAAUGCCCGCUCAGGUCCCACGGAGACCUUCGCUCGAGCAACUGCCUCGUGGACAGCCGUUGGGUGCUCAAGGUUGCCGACUUUGGCAUGUCUGAGCUCAAGGUCGGCGCCGAACCACCACACGGGAGCUCCGACUUGGAGGCGCAAUGCCAACGUCUCCUGUGGAGGGCCCCGGAGCUCCUGCGGGACGCCCUGGCACCCCUGUGGGGCACACAGAAGGGAGACGUCUACUCGUUCGGCAUCAUCCUCUUCGAGGUCCUGGGUAGGCAGGGCCCUUACGGCAGGACGUCACUGCUGCCAUCUGAGAUGGUGCGGCGGGUGAUGUGGCCCGAGAAGCAGGCCGUGCCCUUCAGGCCGCAGCUCUGGGACCUGCCCGAGCGAGAAGGCACCGAGUGCGUCCGAGACUGCAUGGUCGACUGCUGGGCGGAGGACCCCGACGCGAGGCCCGACUUCAAGGCUAUUCGCACCAGGCUCCGACCGAUGCGCAAGGGACUGAAGCCAAACAUCUUUGACAACAUGCUGGCCAUGAUGGAGAAAUACGCCACUAAUCUGGAGGCUCUCGUCGACGAGCGAACUGACCAGCUGGUCCAAGAAAAGAGAAAAACAGAGGCGCUGCUUUACGAAAUGCUACCGAGGUCCGUAGCCGACCAGUUGAGACGUGGGCGGCAGGUGACGGCCGAGAGUUUCGAGUCCGUCACAGUCUACUUCAGUGACAUUGUGGGAUUCACGCGCAUGUCCGCCGAAAGCACUCCCUUCGAGGUGGUGGACUUCCUGAACGACCUGUACACCUGCUUCGACGCGAUCAUCGAGCACUACGAGGUGUACAAGGUGGAGACUAUCGGCGACGCCUACAUGGUGGUCGGGGGCCUCCCGCUGCGCAAUGGCAUCAGCCACGCGGCCCAGGUGGCCUCCAUGGCACUGCACCUGCUCGCGGAGGUCCGCUGCUUCCGCAUCCGCCACAGGCCCCACGACACCCUCAUGCUGCGCGUGGGGAUACACUCCGGACCUGUGUGUGCGGGUGUGGUUGGGAGAAAGAUGCCUCGUUACUGCCUGUUCGGAGACACCGUGAACACGGCCUCAAGGAUGGAGUCGACUGGAAUGCCUUUGAAGAUUCACUGCAGCGAAGCGUGCAAGGUCCUGCUGGACAAGCUAGGGGGUUACAUCAUUGAAGACAGAGGCGUCGUCUACAUCAAGGGCAAGGGUGACAUGCGCACCUACUGGAUCGUGGGCGAAGUCGAAGGCCGGCGGCAGCGGCCCCAGUUCCCGUGCCGCUCCCCGUCCGUGCGCUGGGUGCGCGGCACCUGCAGCUCCCUGCGCAACCAGGCCAGCGAGCCCGGCGUCGGACGCCUGCACGCGAAGCACAGGCAGCAAACAACGGCGCCGCAGACCCCUCAUCAAGCCACCACCACGCUCUGGAGGAGAGGACACUCGUGCCCUUCCCUUGAAGAGCACGACCCAAAGACUAGUCCCGGCGAUGGCGGUGGUGGCGACUGUGCGGGAAGUCGCAUCAGUUCCGAGCACAGUGUUCCGGCCGAGAGGCAGCCGCUACUGAAGUUGAACGCGACGACGCGCGCGGCAGACAGUAUCGAAUGCGAUCUUGGUGGACAUCAGUGAGUUGGUAUACGUGUGCUCGGAUAACGCCGCCUAGCAUAAUCAAAAAUCGUGCACCGUAUACUCCGUUUCAUAAUAUUCCGACCGCAGCUGACGUUGGGAUCCAAUAAAGCCGAUCGAGCGUAAUCGAGCAGCGCCAAAAUUGCA